AAAGAUUCCCUUCUUUGUAGUCGGGUUGGAAUUGGAUUGCAAAACUCAAGUUUCCGACUCUGAAGCGCAACAAUUCCCAGCUUGUGUCGUCGUUUAUCCACUCCCGCCGGCGAUUUCAAGAGCCAAAACGAUGGCCAGUAAGGUCGUGGCGCUGCCAAUAGUGGGCAUGGUCUUAUCGGAGUGCGCGCAAGUUGGGCUGAUGAUUGUCAGCAAAGCCGCCAUGUCCGAUGGAAUGAGCAGCCUCCUCUUCAUCUUCUACUCCAACGCUCUCGCUUCCCUUCUUCUCCUUCCUAUUUCCUUCAUCUUCCACAGAACACAGCGUCCUGCGCUCACUUUCUCUGUCCUUUGCGGGUUUUUCUUGCUUGGUCUACUUGGUUGUCUUAUACAGGUCUUUGGGUAUGCUGGGAUUUAUUAUAGUUCCCCAACUCUUGCAACAGCAAUGCUCAACCUUGUUCCAGCUUUUACCUUCAUUCUUGCGGUUACUCUGAGAGUGUUUUGGCAUGACAGGAUGGAAAUAUUAGAUUGGGGAAGCUCCACUAGUCUUGCUAAAACCGUUGGAACUAUAGCUUCACUUGUUGGAGCUUUCGUUGUGACUUUCUAUGAUGGUCCCUCACUUCUAAGCACAUCCUCAUUGUCCAACGUAUCUUAUAAGAAACUUCUCUUCCAACAAUCUAACUGGGUUAUUGGAGGAUUCCUUCUCCUUGUUGAUGCUGUGAUGACGUCAGUUUGGGUUAUUAUACAGGCAUCAAUCCUAAAGAAAUACCCAGCAGAACUGAUCCUGGUCUUUUUCUACUGCUUCUUCGUCUCUAUUCUUUCGGCGGUAGUCUGUUUAUUCGUGGAAAGAGACCUAAGUGCUUGGAGCUUGAAAUCUAGAACAAGGCUCUUUUCUGUCCUGUACUCGGGAGUUUUUGGCUCUGCCUUCCAAGUCGGUGUAUCUACAUGGUGCCUGUACAGAACCGGACCCGUUUUCGUGUCUAUGUUCAAGCCUUUGGGGAUUGUCAUUUCAGUUGCUGUGGGUGUUAUUUUCUCUGGGGAGACUCUCUUUCUUGGAAGAUUGCUUGGAGCAAUUAUUAUCAUCGUUGGAUUUUAUUCUGUGCUGUGGGGAAAAGCCACAGAGGCAAAGAUUGACAAGGACCUAGUAAGUAGCUUAGAAUCAAGUACAGACCAGGAACCACUCCUGCAGAACAGUAAUGAAGAGCACAAUAGCUUUGUCCAGAAAAUCAGGUCAUGAACAUGGGAAGCAUGAUCAAAGAUAUAAGCGUGAGGCAAUAUAGUUGAAUUUGCAGGUCAAAACCACUAUUAGAUGCAUGUUCUGUAUAAACUGUAGCUCCUUCAAGAUUAUGUGAAUGGUCAAUUUAUAUUACUUCUUCUCAUUUAAGAUUGUAUAGUAAUGUGAUGAAAUCACAUACUUGGCUUUUUUUUUUUCCUGUAAUGGCCAGUGAAAUCACUAUACUCUGGGCUGUUUGACCUCAAUAAUAAGAUUAAGCUCCUUCAUUGU